AUGGGUGGUCCAGGUAGCGGUGGCUAUAAGAAUAAGCCAGGUGAUACCGAAACUCACUCUGCCUGGGACAUCAUCCCUCAGGAUCCCGAUGGCACGCAGAAACUCGCCCAGGUACGAUGCAAGUACUGUGGAAGGGAGAUGGCUCAGCACACCUCGCGUCAGCGGGUGCAUCUGCUGAGCUGUCAACAAUACCUUGAUACCAUGAAAGAGCAAGGUCUGGAGACAAGCAUUACGCGACAAGCUGCCGAUCCUGCCGCAUUCUUCAGAAGUCAAGACUGGACUCAAAAGAGCUCGGAAGCAAAAGCCCCCAAGGUCCUCAAGAUGCAGGAACAUACAACUGCCGUGCGCAUUCAAGCUCUGGCCCUUGCUGAAGCGAGCAUCUCUUCUGAAAGAAUUCACGAAAUUACCGGGGUGGAACCAAAAGUGCUGGCUGGGCUCAGACGACUUGCGCGAGAACGUGGCUACGAUCCCAAUGUCUCAAUGCAGCUCAAAGAAGAAUAUGUUCUGGAUCCACCCAAUGCGAAUCGUCCUCGUGGUCGACCAAAGAAGAGGAAGCCCGAAGAUGAUGUUGACCCAGCAUUGACAGCCGACCUACCAGACCCGACUCAAACCACUCCCACUUUCCAUCAACGGGACAAUUUACCGCCAGGACAGUGGAAUUUCAUGACCACUCCGACUCAUGGUUAUACCAUGACUUGA